CUUCUCUGCUUGAAAAACCUUUCCUUCCCAUUUCUACAUUUCCACUCUCAAAAUCCUCAAAACCCUAGUAACCAGUUGCUUCCAACGAUGUCCAGUGAAUCCGAUGCAUCCGUAAACAAACUCUCUUGCGCUAACUGUUCCAAACCUGCAAAUCUUCAGUGUCCGAAAUGCAUGGAAUUGAAGCUUCCUCGCGAAGGUUCUGCAUUCUGCUCCCAAGAAUGUUUUAAAUCUUCAUGGAGUUCGCACAAAUCAGUGCAUCUGAAGGCAAAACUAUCUUCAGGUGGUACACAGAAUUCAGACUCACUUGGUGAAGGAUGGCUAUAUUGCGUGAAGAGAGGGCAGGGUCGAACUCCAAAGCUUCCUUACUAUGACUGGACUGGUGCGCUGCGGCCAUAUCCCAUAUCUCCUAAACGGAUUGUCCCAGCUCAUGUUGUUAUACCUGAUUGGGCUGAUGAUGGAAUUCCCAUAAUUGAGCCCAAUAGUGAUCUGCAGCAUACUGUUGAGAUCAAGUCACCAGAUCAAAUUGAAAGAAUGAGAGAAACUUGUCGGAUUGGAAGAGAGGUGUUGGAUGCUGCUGCUCGGAUUAUUCAGCCCGGCGUGACAACUGAUGAGAUUGAUAGAGUAGUUCACGAGGCAACUAUUGCUGCAGGAGGAUACCCUUCACCUCUCAAUUACCAUUUCUUUCCAAAAUCUUGCUGCACGUCAGUUAAUGAAGUGAUCUGCCAUGGAAUUCCUGAUGCAAGGAAGCUUGAGGAUGGGGACAUUGUAAAUGUUGAUGUCACUGUGUACUAUAAAGGCGUUCAUGGUGAUCUCAAUGAAACAUACUUUGUCGGAAAUGUGGACGAAGAGUCGCGGCAGUUGGUCAAAUGCACAUAUGAGUGCCUGGAUAAGGCAAUAUCCAUUGUUAAACCUGGGGUACGAUUCCGUGAGGUUGGCGAAGUUAUUAAUCGUCAUGCUUCAAUGUCAGGCUUCUCAGUGGUAAAAUCAUAUUGUGGUCAUGGAAUUGGAGAGCUUUUCCAUUGUGCACCAAACAUUCCUCAUUAUGGAAGAAAUAAAGCAGUUGGUGUGAUGAAGGCUGGUCAGACUUUUACAAUUGAACCAAUGAUCAAUGCAGGUGUCUGGCGAGAUCGAUUGUGGCCAGAUGGAUGGACUGCUGUUACAGCAGAUGGUAAACGAAGUGCCCAAUUUGAGCAUACUCUUUUGGUGACAGAAACUGGUGUUGAAGUUUUAACAGGGAGGUUGCAGACAUCACCCAAUGUUUUUCCUUGGUUAAAUUCAUAAUUGGGUGAAUCCAGAAAAACAUAUGCUGCCAUUUUCUAUAAUACUAUAUAGUUAAUGGACAACCAACCAUAUUUCAUUGCUCUGCUCUCUCAGGUUGUCUAUUAUAUCUUGGUGUAUUUGUAACUUUUUGGUCAAGAGUAUGAUUAGCAAUAAAUUGUUUGUUAUUGCAGAUUAUUUGCUUUUUGUAAUUUUGUUGUAUUUUCUUUCUUCUGCUCGAUAAUGAUGUUUGAGCCUAAUUUUUGAAUAUCAGGCUUUAUGAUAUAUGUGACAUACCCCUUGUUUUGA